UUCCAGAUCACCUAUAAAAGGCUGUCCCUCUCUAAGCCUUAAUUUCCCUCUGUUAAUCCAUCCGUCUCCCUGUCCACUCUCUGAAUUUUCUGCGUACGGCUACCGGCGGACGCCAUUUUCUUUAUAAUCAGUUUCUCGAAGCGUUUACGAACGUCAAAUCGGAAGGUUUGGAGUUUUUGAAAGUAAAUUAAUGGAGAAUACAGAAAAUAUUUGCUUGGAUUUAAUCCCAGCCAAGGCAAAUACCAUCCCACUGCCACCUCCAUUGCCCAAAUCUGCAAUCAGUAGUCAUCUGCAGAAGGGUUGGGUCUCAAGUGAAUCCUUAGAAAGAGGAUACAGCUGCGUCUCCACUGCAACAAGAGACCUCUGGGACGGCCUCUUUGACGAAGCUUAUGGAGCAGAUGUUUCUAUUCAUACGGAUCAUGGUGGCAUUGUGUAUGCACAUGCCUAUAUCCUCGGCAUGGCUUCUCCUGUGAUAAAAGGCAUAUUAAAGCAAUCAAAAAAGUCUGGUAGGAAGCGAUCGAUUUCGAUCCGUGGAGUUCCACCUGAUGCCGUUAAAGUAUUCGUUAGAUACCUGUACUCUUGCAGAUACGAGAAAGAACAAAUGGAGGAAUUUGUAUUGCCCCUGCUGGUGCUGUCACAUGUAUAUGUGGUUCCUCAGUUGAAGAAAGAGUGUGAGAGGCAACUGGGUCGUGAUUUGCUGACACUUGAAAAUGUAGUAGACGUUUUUCAACUUGCAUUGCUGUGUGAUGCUCCCCGUCUCAGCCUUCUUUGCCACCGUAUGAUCCUAAAAAACUUCAAAGCUGUUUCUUCCACCGACUCGUGGCAAGCAAUGCAGCAAAGCCACCCAGUACUCGAAAAGGAACUUCUUGGAUCAGUGAUCGACGAAGACAAUAGGCAAAAGAAAAGAGUGAAGAGAAUGAACGAAAGGAAGGUCUAUUUGGAACUAUUUGAGGCAAUGGAGGCUCUUGUUCAUAUAUGUAGAGAUGGUUGUCGCACAAUCGGCCCACACAACAAAGACUUCAAGGCGAACCAGCCGCCAUGUAAAUAUGCAGCCUGCAAGGGGCUGGAAUUGCUUAUCCGCCACUUUGCUGGCUGCAAAUUAAGAGCCCCUGGUGGCUGUACCCAGUGCAAGAGAAUGUGGCAACUCUUGGAAUUGCACUCUCAUCUUUGUGCAGAUUCUGAUCUCUGUAGAGUCCCUUUGUGCAGGAAUUUCAAGGACAGGACUAGGAAACAGGGCAGGAAAGAUGAAAUAAAAUGGAAACUGUUAGUAAAAAAGAUUCUGAGGACAAAGGGAGUAGCAAGAGCACCAUUCUUUUUGACGAUAGAUACCAUAUACGUAUGAGGGCGAAACAAAACUCGUAUGUUUUUGUAUAAUCAAAUUCAAUCUGUAAAUUUUUUUUAUUCAACAGCAUCAUUCUUUGUGUACAUUACAGAUCAAGAAAUGAAAUCAAAAUUUACUUCGUACUGUUUAGAGACCAAAAGGCGUUCUAAAACUAGCCAAGUUGGUGUGAAAUGCUACGAACCCAACUGGAGCCCAACUUUGGAAAUGGGUUCCAUUUUAGUUGAAGCCACAAACAGGAAGACAGAUGAAUGGGCCAUGUAAGUUGGUUUUAAAAACAACAUUUUUUAAAAAGGAAUGAACAAUGAGGGAAUUGGCAAUAAUUAUUAAACAGCAAAGCGAAAGGGGAAGAGGGCAUGAUGGAAAGUUGAAAAA